UUGAAGAUCUCAUUCCACCGUACAGUGCGCGUUAGUGACAGUGGUGACACGAAUGAGCUUCCGCCCAGCCUCGGCCGCUUCCCACUAUUCAACACGCUGUACAUGAACAAGCUCCCUGCAUCGGUGAAGCAAAAGGGCGGCCUUCUGCUGCCAAUGUACCAGCACGAGGCGUGCUGGAUUCAAUUCGAGAGCAAGGAGCCGUUUGCAAUCAAAAUUUACAUCGGUGGUGUCAACGCGGUCUCUGGCGAGCCAGCGCGGGAGACCGCGGACACGAUUCGGCGCCGCCUGCAACGUCUCGACCUCAGACAGAGUCUUCAAGGUUACGUCGUGACUCCACAGCAGAAAUGGCUGAAUGGUGUCGCUCAGACUGAUGGCCGUGUCCGGCAGUUCGUGGCCAUGCCGCUGGGCAGUGGGUACUCCGUCGAAUCCCAAAUUACAGGCGAAGAAAGCAUUGGUGGGCUGCAGAUUGAGAUUACACCGGUCAAGACGCCGAUCUUCACCAUGGACCCAAAGGCGUCGCACUUCGACGUGAAGCGCAUGGAAAUUUUCGUCAGGACGCUGACUGGAAAGACUAUCACUCUUCGAGCCACGAAAUUGAACACCAUCGAUGACAUCAAAAUGAUGAUCCAGGAUAGGGAGGGUAUUCCACCAGACCAACAGCGUCUCAUUGCUGAUGGGCAACAGUUGCAAGACGUAUCUGGGGUGGAGGAGGUGAGUGCUCCCAUGCAUACCAUUGACCGGAACGCCUCGAAAUCCGCUCAGAUGGGCCUGGGUGCAGGAGGCUUCAUUCGCCAGACUAUUCUUCAGGACACACUUGAUGAUACUCGCCGCUGGGAUUCUGCAAAUGGCACCAUCUUCAACGUGCAGAUCCUCAACUCUGAGACAUUCAAAGAGGUCACGGGUCUCGAUCCUCCAGCAACACCAAUCACAGCUAAGUCGUAUCGAGCGUAUGGGCUCCCCUACUUCAAGAUUUGGGAUGAGGUAGCAAGCGGCAUCGGAGGCGACUUUGAUGUUGUCAAGUCGAUUAACGACAUCGAC